AUGUCAUUUCAGUCUCUCAUUAAACCGGAAACCGACGCCAACAGGGAAGUCCCCACAAAGCCAUUCAACUUGUCCAAGAACAUCCUCGAGAGGUUCUCAUUGAAGGGCAAAGUCACCGUCGUUACAGGUGGCGCCGGGGCCAUUGGCUCCAACAUUGCCGAGGGAUACGCUCAAGCAGGAGGUGAUGUCAUCAUUAUGGACUAUGCCGCAACCGACAAUGGUCUCAGUGAACGUUUAGCCAAAGCCUACGGCAUCAGAUCGAAAUUCUUCCAGAUCGACGUGACGAAAGCCGAGCAGGUCAAAGACGCGGUUGCCAAGAUCGUCGACGAGUUUGGCUCGCUCGAUGUGUUUGUCGCCAACGCCGGCAUUGCCUGGUACACGGGCUCGAUUCUCAACCCCGACUCAACCCCGGAGAACUGGAGACGAGUGUUUGACGUUAACGUCAAUGGUGUUUUCUACUGUGCCAAGUACGCGGGCGAAGUGUUUAAACGCCAAGGCUCGGGUUCGUUGGUUAUCACGGCGUCGAUAUCAGCCCAUAUCAACAACGUGCCCAACUAUCAAACAUGUUACAACUCAGCUAAAGCCGCCGCGAUGCACAUGGCGCGAGGCCUAGCUGUUGAAUUUGCCGGUUUCGCCAGGGUCAACUCGGUGAGUCCCGGUUACACCAACACAUUGUUGUCUGAGCCCAUACCGAAGCCGCAGAGGGCUAAAUGGUGGGGUCUCACGCCCAUGGGUAGAGAAGCAGAGGCUGACGAGUUGGUGGGUGCAUACUUGUACUUGGCUAGUGACGCUUCUAGUUUCACUACUGGCUCCGAUAUCAGGGUCGAUGGUGGCUACUGCAGUGUGUAA